AUGGAAUUCACAGGCUUUGUUGUUUUAUCCACUUCUUCCGAUGGCUCCGAUAGGGUGGACGCCGUGAAGCGGUCCUUGUACUCCUUCAAUCACGUCGAAAAGGAGUCGCUCGUCUACGGAAGAGGAGACCGAGAGACCUGCAAGCGGUUUAUUACGAGCGGGGCCGAAGAGAACAAUGCGUUCAUGGAGCGUAUUCAGGAGGUCAUUGGCGCUGAUGACAGCCCUCUAUUAUACCAAGGCCCUGUUGUUGUCGCAUCUACCGAAGGUCACUCAGCAUGGCCCCCCGGACUUGCCCAUCCUUCGGACGAUGCAGUAUCAGCCUUCCGAGAUCUAGCAAACACCAAGGAAACCAGGACCAAUUUUCGAAUUUAUCCUCCAAAUACGCCGAGAGAGAUGACGCACGAAAUACAGCCGGUCAAUCGAAAGCUCCAGCCAAAUGAAGUUCUAAUCAUAAAGGGUUCGGUCCCGAUGGGUAUAGAUCUUCCUCCGCAGGGGUGCUUCAUAUGGCAAGGGAAUAGCCGUCGUCCGAUGGGGCAUGACAUGAUCAAGAGUGGGGUAUUCGAGUUCAUGCAAAUUUAG